AUCUCUUCUAUAACUCUAUUGAAUCAUCCUCAUGAACUGUGAAAUGAAUGUAGAACAGUGACAUGACCACAGCAUGUGGUGGUGGUGUAGGGGAACAGAGCAGUGUGUGACUGUUUCCUGUGUCCAGGUUGACCCUGUCUGAGGAUAAGUGGCAUUGUCUGGAGACUGAGAUCUAUUUUCUGAAGAAGAAGCUGGAGGUGCUGAAUUCAGAGGCCAACAGGGAUGAGCAGUCUGCCAAACUCCCCAGCACCUCUUCUGGAAGGUCGACCCGGUCUAGAAAGAAGCGUAGUCUGGAGGCUGAGAUCUCUAGGCUGGAGGAGAAGCUGAGGUUCAUGAAGAGAAUGUUGGCUGUUCCAGCUCUGCUGCUGACAACUCUGGAGGAGAUGAACCCACAAGAGCUGAAGACAUUUCAGUGUUCCCUGACUAGUGGCCUGCUGCCUGACUGUCCUCCCAUCCCAGAGAGCCAGCUGGAGAACGCUGACAGACAGGUCACAGUGGAUCAGAUGGUGAAGACAUACGGCCCUGAGAGAGCUGUGGAGAUCACACUGAGGAUCCUGAGGGGGAUGAAGCGGGUAGACCUAGCAGAGAAGUUAGAGACAGAUCACAGAGGAGCUCUAUCUUCUUCCCAGUGUGGUUACCCUCCAGGUCCUCCUCCUUCCUUUCUGUCUCAUCUAGGUUCUGGUAGUAGCUUAAGACAGCUCAUCUCACAGGACGAAGCUGCCUCUGAGAUGGAAAGGAAGCCAGCAGGGGAGGAGAGUGAAGAGCCGUCCAGGAAACUCCCCAGCACCUUUUCUGGAAUGCCCCGAACUAUCUUUUCCCAGUAUGGUUACCGUCCAGGUCCUCCUCCUCCUUCCUUUCUGCCUCAUCUAGGAAGUUUUUCUGGUAGCUUAGGACAGUUCAGGUCACAGGAGGAAGCUGCCUCUGAGAUGGAAAGGAAGCCAGCAGGGGAUGAGAGUGGAGAACUCCCCAGCACCUCUUCUGGAAUGCCCCGAACUAUCUUUUCCCAGUGUGGUUACCCUCCAGGUCCUCCUCCUCCUUCCUUUCUGUCUCAUCUAGGAAGUUUUUCUGGUAGCUCAGGACAGCUCAGGUCACAGGAGGAAGCUGCCUCUGAGAUGGAAAGGAAGCCAGUAUGGGAGGAGAGUGGAGAACUCCCCAGCACCUCUUCUGGAAUGCCCCGAACUAUCUUUUCCCAGUAUGGUUACCGUCCAGGUCCUCCUCCUCCUUCCUUUCUGUCUCAUCUAGGAAGUUUUUCUGGUAGCUCAGGACAGUUCAGGUCACAGGACGAAGCUGCCUCUGAGAUGGAAAGGAAGCCAGCAGGGGAGGAGAGUGAAGAGCCGUCCAGGAAACUCCCCAGCACCUUUUCUGGAAUGCCCCGAACUAUCUUUUCCCAGUGUGGUUACCCUCCAGGUCCUCCUCCUCCUUCCUUUCUGUCUCAUCUAGGAAGUUUUUCUGGUAGCUCAGGACAGCUCAGGUCACAGGAGGAAGCUGCCUCUGAGAUGGAAAGGAAGCCAGUAUGGGAGGAGAGUGGAGAACUCCCCAGCACCUCUUCUGGAAUGCCCCGAACUAUCUUUUCCCAGUGUGGUUACCCUCCAGGUCCUCCUCCUCCUUCCUUUCUGCCUCAUCUAGGAAGUUUUUCUGGUAGCUCAGGACAGCUCAGGUCACAGAGACCCCAAAUAUUGUCUGGUUCAGCUCUGCUGCUGACCAUUCCAGAGGAGCUCACUGAAGAACAGCUGACUAAUGACGAGCUGCUUAGCGUUCUUUCCAUCCCAGAGAGUCAGCUGGAGAACGCUGACAUACAGGUCACAGUGGAUCAGAUGGAGAGAUACGACUCUUUGAGAGCUAUGGGGAUCACAGAGACGUUCGAUAGAUAUCACAGUAGAGGAAAGAAAAGGAGAGCAAAUGAGCCACCAUCCUGGCCUGGUCUCGUUUCCAGGGAUAAAAAGAGUGAGGAGGAUUGUGUCCCACUGACUGACGGAGCUCCGCCCAUCAUCAAACAUAAGGAAACCCCAAAGCUGGAGAUGGACUGUCCUCCCAUCCUAGACAUCCCACUGGAGAUGGCUAACAGUGUCAACACAGAGGUAGCUGUGAACACCCAGGAGAACACCCAGAGGAUGGACGAGGAGUUGGGAAGAGAAAGGGAUUCUCCUCUCUUCCUGGAACACCAUCACACGAGUUCUCCAGAUGAAUUUACACCUGAAAUCCACAAUCAGGACAACAGGAGAGAAUACCAGUUCCAGUGCCCCAGUGCAGGUCUGUUCCAGUGCAGUAUAACAGGCCUGGUGUUUAGGAUGGAGGGAGAGGGAGAGGUGCUCUAUAGGACAGUCCCCUGGGACAGGAGUCUUCUAGCCCAGAGUGGCAAUAGGCCUGCAGGACCCCUGUUCAAGUUUACAUGCCUUAAGACGUCUGUCUGUCAACUACACCUACCACACUGUGAGAUUCAUUCUGAGGGUGGAUGUGACUUCCUGUCUGUAGCCCAUGUGACUGAUGAUGACAGUACAGAGUUUCUCCAUCCCCAUGAGACAACAGAAACUCAUGUCAUAUUAAACAUCAAUGGAUUCAGCAAAUAUGGCAUCACCAAGGAUAAGGAUGCCCCUGUCUCUCCUAUCCGUGGUCUGGUGCUACUAUUUUACCAACUCCCAGAUGAUACAAAUAAUUCUACCCUAAAUGUGUUGUUGCUGCCUAAAAAUGUUGACAUUAAUGAGGUGUGUAAGACAAGGAGGAGAAGGAAUGGAGACAGAGAAAAAUACAUUGAAAAAAAUCCUAACUGUAGACUAACCCCGGACCAAAAAUACACCCUCUCCACCGAUCUUACAGAUGAACAUCACAUAGAUCCAGAGGAAGCAGAGUUUGUGGAUUAUGAUUCCUAUACAAACUACAUGCCAACAUUUCAGUUGGAUUUACAAACUGUUAUUAAAAAAGUGAAUCUUCUUCUGAAAGAACAUGACGGUCCUGAAAAUGAACGUGUAUGGGACCGCCUUGUUUUACUACCAGCCUCACCAACAGAAGUGAAGUCUACAGUUACACCACAUGGUGGCGCUACAGCAGGGACAACAACAAAUGUUUCUUAUCUGCUGCUGGGCACUCUGGCAGAGCUGGUUUCAGAAGAGCUGGAGAGAUUUCAGUGGCACCUGAGUCAGGGAGUGGAGGAUUUUCCUUCAAUCCCAAAGAGCCAGUUGGAGAACGCUACCAGACAGGCCACAGUGGAUAUGAUGGUGCAGCGAUACCUUGACGACGGCACUGUGAAGAUCACACUGGAGAUCCUGAGGAAGAUGGGCCAGAACAAACUGGCUAUUGAGUUAAAGGAGAAGUUGACAAAUGAAUGUCUGAAUGUGCAGCCUCAACACAACAUGAGUGAAUAAUGUAUUACAUUCCCAAGGAGGGGAGAGGAAGGGGGUCACAGUUAACUUCGGGGGUUCUGUGCCAUAGUGUGAAACAUUAAGAGUUUUUCAAAUGCAGAUCAUGUAAUGUUUACAAAGGACAUCAACCAUUUUCACACCACAUGAAAAGUUAAGGAUGUCUUAUGUAACAAGAUAGGCUAUCUGCAACAUUGUGAAAGUUUAACGGUCUUGAAUGAGCCCCAGGUCUCAGGCAAGGUGAUAUCACUGUGAGGCUACUGUCUACCAGACAACCUACCUGUGUUACUCUGGUACACUGGCUGCAGACUACAAGAUCAGGGACUAGAUUCUUUAUAGUCUCCCAAUAUAAAAAAAUCAUAUUUUUAUAUAUCUGUACAUAGAAGAAUUAUCAGGAACAUUGUGAAUGUUUAAUCAUCUUGGUCAGGUCUCAGGCAAGGUGACAUCACUGAGAAUAUAAUCUAUCAACAACUUGACUGUGCUACUCUGGUGCACUGGCAGCUGACUACAAGAUCAGGGACUGUUUUAAUGUUGUGACACAAACAUUUUUAUAUCUGUACAUAGUGCAGAUGUUUAUAUAAUGGUAUUUCUAUGCUUUUUUAAAUGUAAAU